UCGCCUGCAAAAAGCGGCUGCUUUAUAUACCAGCUCGGAGAUAUUAUGCAAAGCCAAUGUAUAGCACUCGAUAUGCAGUCCCCUAUGCUUAUAUGCCCCCACCCGAUGGUUUACCCCACAGGUGUUCAUCAAGCAGCGGCCGCCUUCCUGGGUAGUUCGGUACUGCUGGGGGAUGCUGAGUCUAUUUAUAGCACUUGUGCUGUCCACGGUUGUGUUUGUGGUGCGCGUCUGGCGCCCGGUACGCACCAUGAAUCAGCGUGUGCUGCAGCAUUUGAACAUCAUUGCCCCAGCCCAGCCUAG